AUGUCAAACAAAAUCAAGCCUUUAGAAAAAAGCACAAGCAACGAAAGCAGCAAUGGAUUGAUUUAAAAUAGAAAAUUAAAAAGGUUCCUAAAUCCUCAAAAGGUUGAAGAAUUUGCAGAAGAAAAUGACAAAAUGCUCGUAAUUUUUCAAAAUAAAGUAUACGAUUUAUCAUAAUUUCAGCAUGAGCAUCCAGGUGGCCAAGAUGCUAUCGAAGAUUACUAGGGACUUGAUAUAUCUGACAUAUUUUUUAACUCCUCAAGACAUAAACAUUCUUAAUAUGCAUAAAAUCUUAUGCAAAAGUACAUUUACGGUGUAAUUGGAGAUGAGCAAGAGGAGGAAAGAGAACAGCUUAAAUAAGGAAAGAUAAAGAAAUAAUAUCCUCACCUCACACACGACUAUAAAUUGGAAUAUAAAAAUGUGACUUUGAAUUUAAAUAAGGGUUUGGUUAGUCAAAUUAGAGCAAUAAAAGAUAAAAAGACGUAUGAAGAUUUGUUAAAAAACCCUUGCAAGAGAGUAGUUGGAACAAAACUUUUUGAUAAUGACUCAAUUGACUCUCUGUUGAAUAAUAAUAUAGGAAUAGUAGUUCUUUUGUAUACCAUGAUAUUCAUUUACAUGUUCUAUUGUGGUCUCAAUUUAGAUUAUAACUAUUCUAGGGGAAUGUUUGACAGGCAUUAUAAAGCUGAUAACAGACCCUUGCUUUUUCUUUUUGGUUUCUUAUUUUGUGGAAUUAUCAUUUUCUGGAUUAUGGAAUAUGUUUUUCUAAGAAUCAUUUUGCAGCCUUAUGUCCUAGGAAAAACAUUCCAUUUCUUAAUUUUUGGAAUUCACUAUGUCUUUCCAUUAGAUGAAGCCAGAACAACAAUUUAGCCAUUCUUCAGCAUUUUUGUAGCAUUUUUGAUAAGAUAUUCACUAGGUUUGUUAAUAUAUGGAAAUACUUUAUAUUUAAUUCUAAGUGGUAUUUGUUUAGGAUAUCUUUAUUAUGAGGUAGUUCACUAUGCUCUCCAUAAUAAAAAGAAAUUAACUCUUAGUUAUUCUUAAUAUUUAAGGAAUAAACACGCUAAGCAUCACUUUAAAGAUAGGGAAUAUGGCUAUUAAGUCACCAAUCAUUUUUGGGAUAAAUUCUUUUAGCUUAAUGAUCUUGAUGAAGAAGAAAAGACAAAAGAUAUAUUUGGGUUUAUAACUGGUAAAGAAAAGAGCACUGAUUACGACAGUGAUAGUUGA